GCACAACAUUCAUUACGGCGACCACGAAGUUGUUCGUCGGUAAUCGUUCCAGUCUAAACCCUAUACUCUUCGUCUUCUGCUGCUCACCGAAGACCAUCCAUGUCUGAAUCCAAUAUUUCGCAGUCGGCGAAGGACUUUGUCGCUGGCGCUGCUGGCGGCGUAGCACAGGUUCUGGCUGGACAACCGUUCGACUGUGUCAAGGUUCGUUUGCAGUCCCAAGCUGCUGGUGCACCCGAAUACACAAACGCAGUUGACUGUGUCCAGAAAAUCAUCAAGAAUGAAGGUUUGCAGGCCUUUUACAAGGGCACUGUUAUGCCGUUGUUGGGCAUUGGCCUCUGUAUCUCCACACAGUUCACUGCCUUUGAGUCCGGCAAACGUUUCUUUUACGCCCGAAACGGUACCGACGAACUGACAUUUGGCCAAUAUUAUAUGGCGGGUGCCUUUAGUGGAGCGGUUAACUCGGUCCUCGUCAGUCCCAUCGAACACAUUCGUAUUCGCUUGCAGGUUCAAACUGGCCCCAAUCCUUUGUAUAAGGGCCCUGUCGACUGCAUGCGCAAGAUAGCCUCACAGCACGGUUUCAAAGGCAUCAUGAAGGGUCUUUUCCCCACCGUACUUCGUGAGACUCACGGAGUCGGUAUGUACUUUUUGGCUUAUGAGUUGUUGCUCGCCCAGGCCAUUAAAGCUCGUGGGUACACCAGCCGAUCCGAGGUCCCUGGCUGGCGACUCUGCUUGUACGGUGCCGCCGCUGGUUACGCCAUGUGGAUCUCAGCAUACAUGUUUGACGUUGUCAAGUCCAACAUUCAAACGGACGCCUUUGGUUCUGGCGCCAAGUAUUCGACGUCAUGGAAGUGUGCUCAAAGCAUUUUUAGAACCGCUGGCUUUUCCGGUUUCUGGCGCGGCUUCGUUCCUGUGCUUGCUCGUGCUGCACCGGUGAACGCUAUCACGUUUUACGUGUAUGAAACUGUCGCUCACAAGUUGCGGGACGUCUAAUUCAAGUGGUAUCACGACCCUGUGCGCAUGACGCGCAUAUUGCAUGCUUUAACGGUCGUGUGCCUUUUCUUGUUGUCUCGUUGUUUCUUGUUGUUUAUGCUUUUUUGUUGCAAUUAUUCCUCUUUGCUGUUCGUUCAUUUCCAGUACGCAUUCAUAAUAAAUACGCAUCAAACAAUUUUAGUCGAGGGAGUCCGGUACCUCUAGCAUGGGCGUUACUCCUUCUUUGUUGCAGAUGUCGUCGGAGCCGAGGAAGAUUUGGGAGGAGUGAGCCUUUUUGAAAGGCUGUGUUCGCGACGUUUCAAAAACAAAUCGACUUGUUGCUGUCGCGUGAGCUUACGAGCCAUUUCACCGCGAAGUUGCGCGUCUUCCGCCAUAAUCGCUUGCUCCCUUGCACGUUUGGCAUGAAGAUGCUCGCGGGCAGUGUACCAAUUCCCGGCGUAGAGCGCUGCCGUCAAAACGCCGAAGAUACACAAAAUAGCCAAAAUCCCUUCAUCCUCCGGACCAGCAGUGUCCUUGCCGGUGCGCUCACAUUCGUCGUAGUACUGCUGUGAAUUGUAAUAGUAGUCUUGCCAUGCGGCUGUUCCGCUAUACCGCGGUCGAUUGGGUCUUGUCGUACGUCUCCUACUUUGCGACGUUGUAGACGGUGAUGGUUCGGGGCUGUUUUCCCAUCCAAUUCCAAGAGUCUCGUAUGCACGACGCGAACGUUCGUUUGACAAUAGUCGAUUGGCAGAAACAAUGAGCUGAAAGACACGAUUACGGUCUUCUUGGCUGAUUUCAUUUUUGUCGGCGCUCAAGUCAGGGUGGUAUUUCUUUACCAAUUCGGUAUACCGUUUCCGGAUGUCCGACUUCGAGCAUGUUUUCGGCAGUCCAAGUACUUCAUAUGGCGACAAGGCUCCCAAAUCGUGUCGACCGUGCAAACUUGCCUGUGCAAACCAUCGUCUCGUGGGGAAGAAGAACUUUACCUGUCGCACCGAACGCCAGUGAUACAUGCGAUCAGCGAUUCUGAGUAUGGGCUUUCCAAACGGGAGGUGUUAGUGAAGCAUUGGAUUCUUCGUUAUGAACAUAGGGCAUGUAACUUAACUUAUAAAGAAGAAGAAACGCUGAAAAAUCCCAGACGCCUUUCACAUACAAGAGGAAGCAAAAGUCCUCGUACAGGUCAAUUCAAUCAAUCUGUGCUCACCUGUUUUGCCAAAUGGUGAGGGGACAGUGAGAGAAAGAGGUUGUUGGUUCUUGGCAGGAUUCAGAAAUCAUUCGGAAAUCUAUUAAGCUAUAAGUGACGUCAACAAAGAGAGCGAAUUAAGGUUGUAGGGCGAUUGACGCGUCGCGCGUUAUAACACCAACAACAACGAUUACACAGGAUUGCAGCCGUGAUCAAAGAAUUUGCAGUAAACAGUAUGUAGUACUGGGGUGUUGAUAAGUUACGAAAUCCGAUUCCUUUGGAAUGAAAUAUUUUUCUCUC